AUGGCUUCCAACACCGGCUCUCACGCAUCAAAUUUCCCAACAGUCAAUGCACUCGCAUUAGAAAUCAAAGACUACCCCGAGAUUUUCGCAAAUGUCGUUUUAUCGUAUGAAGCGUCGGUGGUUAUUGAGAAUAACAAGGCUUUAUUAGCAUUGGGUGAAGGAGUGGCACCGAUCGAGAUUCCCGAUGCAUGCGUCGAUGGACUUAGACUCGUCGUCCACCAACUCCAUCUAUACCAAUCUACUGCGAAGGCCUUGCAGGAUCUUCCAAAAUCAGACGCUGUCAACAAAGAACUGCAACUCUACAUUUCUAUCUCUGCAUACCUAGCAUCGACUGUAACUGCUUUUAAAGGAGAGCUGGGGACGGACAAUACAACGAGCUCCAACGCGAUGUGGAGGUCUGCGCAUUUGGAUUUUCAUAUUGCCCUCGCAUUGGAGGACAGCGCAUUUACGCAGGAGCAACAGACAAUCGCAUUGAAAGCGAUCAGGCGCUCCUGGAAGCACUUCCGGGAGAAAAAAACGUACAAAAGGGUACAAGACCAGGUACAAGCAUUUGAUGCGUUCUCUAUUCCAGUGACAGGUGCUGGAAUGCACAAGGCCUUCUGCCUGAAUGGUGACAACAUGUGUGGUGGCCCAUUCGAGCAUACGCGCGAGCAAUCCGAGUUAAUCGCUUCUACCAUUCAGACCCUUGAAUCCGAGCCAGAGGUCGAAAUGAAACAGGAGAGGGUCGUACGUUUUGACGAUCCUACGCCAUCGUUUUCGAUCGAAAUCACAAAAAGGCCUCCUCAGAAUGCGUCGGGCAGUUCCAAAUCGAAGUCGUCGAAGGGCAGGAACAUAAAGGCCACUGCGCAGUCGGUUAUUAAUGCGCAAGACUCAUCUGACGACAUGGUCGUCGACUCGCAGAAUGUUGAGGAGGAUCCCCCAAAACGAGUAUCCAGUGCGAAGUCGAAGAAAUCAGGACAGGGUGUGCCUCGCAAGUCUAUCGCGCCGGCAUCUGGCAGUGGUCAGCUUAGAUCUUCAGUGUUGGCAUCUAACGAAGAGGAAAGCCACUCUGAACAAGUCGCUAAUCUUUUCGAAAGCAAGGAAGAUGCGAAGAAGACAUGCAAACCACGGAAGGCCUUCAACAAGGGCAAGCGUUCCACACGAAAGGGGAAGAAGAAAGAUGUGGUUCUUGAGGCUGAGUCUGAGGAGGAGCAGCGUGGAGACGCUCGCACCCUUGCUCAAAUUGAAGCGGAAGCAAAUCCCGCAGCGAGGCGUUCUGGGCGGAAGAAAGGAGGUAGCCGCGUCAUAGAGUCUGAAGACGACGAAGAAGAUCACUCGACAGCGACUGCGAUGGUGUCUGCGAGUGACCUCGCAGUAGGUCAUGAUGCGAUAGAGUCGGAUUCCGGGAACGCAUCAGAGCGAAAUGAUCUCUCUGACAUUGAAAUGUCGCAGGACGGUGCGGAGGAGCUAGACGAAACAAUCCUACCUACUGGGCUAGAGAACUGGGAGGCCUGGAACCAGAUCGCAUUCGAGGAAGGCAAUUCGCAGAUUUUGUUAAAGUUGGGGGCGUGGAUGCUUCUUCGAUUUCGGCAGCUGGCGAUGAUUCCCGUGGACGCCGAUCUCAAUGGCCUGAUCAUUCCGCAAAGUCCAAGGGGGAUGAACUUUAAUAGCGAGGACGACUUUUAUGAGGCUAUUGGAAUGGAGCGAUUGUAUUCUGCCAUUGCUCACAUCGACACACGUCCUAGAUACAUGAGAUAUCUCCUGCACAGACUUGGACGGUCGCUCGCUUCAGCAGACAAUGCUGAUGGUCACUCCAACAACUUGUCUGUAGGCUCACCGCCAGCAGUCACUAUCGGCAUGAUGUCGGAUAUUUCUGUACCAUGGAUCCCUCUCAAUAGCGAGGUGCAUGAUGACACGGCUGGAGAUACAACUGACGAGCAGGGCAUAGUCACACAUGCCAUGCACGAAAUGGCCAUUGACAGUGAUGGUGUCCCGUUGGAUGAGUUACUUGAUAAGAGUGCCCUCAACGACGGGAAGCGCAAGAGAACGUCUUCUCAGCCAUCGCCACCAAAGAAGGAUGGUGGUCGUGGACCAUCGAAGCGUCCGAAGCCAGUCAUUCAACCACGAUCUGCGUCGGUACCUCCUAUCCCAUCAUCGACUGUCUUGGUCCCGUCGACUGCUGCAGCCCCAUCGACUUUCUUGGUCCCAUCGACUUCUGUAGUCGCAUCGACAGUCUUAGUACCAUCUACCCCCGAGCCUCACGCAUCGGACGCUGCUAUUCGGAACGUCGGUACCGCCAGUGGAGAGGAUGACGAGAUCGAUGCUGUCGGAGAUGUUGAUGAUGAGCAAUCUUUCAGCUCUGUUGCUGCUGAUCCUUCGUCUAUCACACAUUCCAGUUCUGUCAUGGAAUCGUCGUCAACCGCUGGAAAUGCCAAUGACUGGCUCGAAAACAUGAUCUCUCCACCCAGCUAA